AUGGAAACGGCUUCUCUUAGACUUCACUGAGUUUUCUUCCCAUUAUAUCCCAUUCUAUUAGAUAUUUCCAUCUUAAUCAACUCUGUUACCGAGGAUCUCUAUCCUGCUAAGAACUCUUCAUGUUGUAAAGGCAGGAGUUUUACAACCACAGGAAAAGAAUGUCCUCAUUCAACACGGCCAUCCACGUUGGUUUUUGGACGAACUACUCAAAAGGAGUAAUUCUAGGCUCGACUUUGACUUUAAACAACCGCAAUGCUGGUAUACUCAUCGCCGCAAUUGCGAUCUUCAUUCAACUUAUUGGCGGGCAAUCAUGGGGGAUUGUACGAUUUAUCGCACAUCAGUUAUGUACAACCACCCAAUCUAGGGACGGCCUGCAUCACCAACAACAAGCGAUUCUGCGCAACAACAACUCCGACAUCAGCACUAUAUGGAUGUUCGCAAGGAUAGGAUAUGCUUGGCACUCCCGAUGUCCCAAAAGCUUUCAAAAAUCCAUUUCUCUCAUUCUUAUAGGAACUUUUCACUUGCUAGUAUUUGACGCAGCUAGUAUACUGGCCUCCCAUAUCACGACGACCGAUAGCGAAGUCCUUGUAGCUUCAAGCCCUUACUGCGGUUCAUAGGCGCAAUCCAAUUCAAGCACUUCAGAGGAGGCCAUCUUUCGGUAUAGCUAUCUACAGGAGGCUACCCAAUCUAGCCACGAAUAUGUGCAGAACUGUAUGGCAGAAUCCCAAGC